AUGUCACAGAUUAGCGUUCAUGUCAAGUCUGGACAGAACAAUUGGACGGUUGAAAUCGAAAGUGCUGCUACAAUUCGUGCAUUUAAGGAGACUAUCAGUGGUGUAAGUGGUGUUCCUGCCGAUAACCAGCGUUUGAUUUAUUCCGGGAAGAUUUUGAAAGAUACAGAGACCGUUGAAUCUUACAAAAUCCAGGAUGGCCAUUCUGUGCAUAUGGUGAAGUCUGGUGGUGCAUCCGCUGCGACAACCGGCAGUACAACAACUGGCAGUGCAGCAUCACCAGCUGCAACUAACUCAGCAGCUCCUUCCAACAUUUCUGCUGGUCAGACUGGUGGAUUUAACCCAUUGGCUGAUUUGACUGGUGCCCGUUAUGCAGGUCUCGCCAAUUUGCCCUCAGCUGAUAUGUUUGGUCCAGACGGUGGCCUGAACAGCAGUAACGGCGCCAAUCCCGAAUCCAUGCUACAAAUGUUAGAGAACCCCAUCUUCCAAUCUCAAAUGAAUGAAAUGUUGAGUAAUCCACAAAUGGUCGACUUCUUGAUCCAACAGAACCCCCAAUUACAGGCUUUGGGUCCGAGAGCAAGAGAUAUGUUACAGAGCCCCUUCUUUAGACAAAUGAUGACAGACCCUCAGAUGAUUAGACAGUCAAUGCAAAUGGCCAACUCGAUGGGUAUGUCUCCAGAUGGUGCCGCUUCUGCAUUUCCUGCGCCAGGUAGUGCUAGUGGGGCUGGUGGGGCUAAUGAAACUAGUACAAAUGAUGCCGAUAGUGCAGCAACAGGUGCUGCAGCAUCUUCAACAGGCCAAGCUAACCCAUUUGCAGGUUUAUUCGGUGCGACUCCAGGAAAUGCCGCAGCAGCUAAUCCCUUCGCUGGAUUAUUCCCAGGUGGUCAACAACCUCAGUUCAACCAAGAGCUUUUAGCUAGUAUGUUCGGUGGGAACUCCAACGCCACCGGUGCUGCUCCAGCUGUAGAUAACAGACCACCGGAAGAACGUUACGAGUCUCAACUCAGACAACUAAACGAUAUGGGAUUCUUUGAUUUCGAUAGAAAUGUUGCUGCUCUAAGACGUGCCGGAGGAUCUGUCCAGGGUGCUCUUGACGCAUUGUUGAACGGCGACGUGUAA